UCUCCUCCUCCUCCUCCUCUGGUGCUGCUGCCACCACCGCCUCCUCCCGGGCUCCUGGUGCUCGGCGCUUCCCCCAGCUGCCCGCUGCUGCCAACGUGCGCACGGCUCGGGGUUCCCAGGGCAGCCCUGGGUCUUCGCGAUCUCAUUGGUUGGGGAUGUGUCUAUUUACAUCAUCCUCGAACUUCUCCCAGAUCCGACUGACUUUAGGUUAUGGGCAGAUCCGAAAGCCAGAUGGAUAUAACUGAAAUCAACAGCCCCAAGCCAAAGCCGAAGCAUCGAUGGAGCUCGCUGGAGCUCAGUCUGUCGGUCCUCGUGCUUCUGCUCACCAUCAUAGCCAUCACCAUGAUCGUUCUGUAUGCGACCUAUGACGAUGGAAUUUGCAAAUCAGCAGAUUGCAUAAAAUCAGCUGCUCGGCUGAUUCAGAACAUGGAUGACAACAUCAACCCUUGUACAGACUUUUUCAAAUAUGCCUGUGGAGGCUGGUUAAAGCGGAAUGUCAUUCCAGAGACCAGCUCACGUUACAGUAACUUUGACAUUUUAAGAGAUGAACUAGAAGUCGUUCUGAAAGAUGUUCUCCAGGAGCCCAAAACCGAAGAUAUAGUAGCAGUACAGAAAGCCAAAACAUUGUACAGAUCCUGUAUUAAUGAAUCUGCCAUUGACAGCAGAGGUGGUGAACCAUUGCUCAAACUCUUGCCAGAGAUCCAGGAUUGGCCAGUUACAAUGGACAACUGGGAAACAGUAUAUGGUACUUCUUGGACAGCUGAAAAAUCCAUUGCAGAUUUGAACUCUAAAUUUGGGAAAAAAGUCCUGAUCAAUUUUUUUGUUGGCACAGAUGAUAAGAACUCCACAAAUCAUAUUAUUCAUAUUGAUCAGCCUCGACUUGGCCUGCCAUCACGUGACUACUAUGAAUGCACCGGCAUAUAUAAGGAGGCCUGCACAGCAUAUGUGGAUUUCAUGAUCGCUGUGGCUAAACUGAUCCGGCAGGAUAAAGGACUGACAAUUAACGACACCCAUAUUACCCAGGAAAUGAAUCGAGUCAUGGAGUUGGAAAAAGAGAUUGCCAACGCCACAGCUAAACCUGAAGACCGGAAUGACCCAAUGCUCCUCUAUAAUAAAAUGACCCUAGCCCACAUCCAAAACACCUAUACAUUAGAGAUCAAUGGACAGCCGUUCAACUGGGCAAAUUACACAAAUACAAUCAUGUCAACUGUGAAAAUUAGUGUUGCAAAUGAGGAAGAUGUGAUUGUGUAUGCUCCCGAAUAUUUAACCAAACUUAAGUUCAUUCUUACCAAAUAUUCUGCCAGAGAUCUUCAAAAUUUUAUGUCCUGGCGGCUCAUUAUGGAUCUCGUAAGCAGCCUCAGCCGAAACUACAAGGAGUCGAGAAAUGCUUUCCGGAAGGCUCUUUAUGGCACAACAUCUGAAACAGCCACUUGGCGACGUUGUACUAAUUAUGUCAAUGGGAACAUGGAAAAUGCUGUUGGACGGCUUUACGUAGAAGCAGCAUUUGCUGGCAACAGUAAACAUGUGGUAGAAGAUCUGAUUGCACAGAUUCGAGAAGUUUUCAUUAAGACUUUAGACGACCUCACUUGGAUGGAUGCAGAGACCAAAAAGAAAGCUGAAGAUAAGGCGAUGGCAAUUAAGGAAAGGAUUGGAUAUCCUGAUGACAUCAUUACAAAUGAAGAAAAAUUGAACAAAGAGUACAGCGAAUUGAAUUACAAAGAGGAAGAAUACUUUGAGAAUAUCCUGAAAAACCUGAUGUUUGCGCAAAACAAGCAGCUCAAAAAGCUUCGAGAAAAGGUGGACAAGGAAGAGUGGAUAAGUGGGGCAGCUGUGGUCAACGCUUUUUAUUCUUCAGGACGAAACCAGAUCGUUUUCCCAGCUGGAAUCCUACAGCCUCCCUUCUUCAGUGCACAACAGCCCAGCUCCUUGAACUAUGGUGGGAUUGGCAUGGUGAUAGGACAUGAAAUCACACAUGGCUUUGAUGACAAUGGUAGAAACUUCAAUAAGGAUGGGGAUCUUGUUGAUUGGUGGACUCAAGAAUCAGCCAACAAUUUCAAAGAACAGUCUCAAUGUAUGGUAUACCAAUAUGGAAACUUUUCGUGGGACUUAGCAGGUGGACAACAUCUCAAUGGAAUCAACACUCUGGGUGAAAACAUUGCUGACAAUGGAGGCAUUGGGCAAGCAUACAGGGCCUAUCAGAAUUUUGUGAAAAAGAACGGAAAAGAGAAGUUACUUCCUGGCCUUAACCUCAACCACAAACAGCUGUUCUUCUUGAACUUUGCUCAGGUAUGGUGCGGGACAUACAGGCCAGAAUAUGCUGUCAACUCCAUCAAAACCGAUGUUCACAGUCCAGGCAAUUUCAGGAUCAUAGGAACUUUGCAGAACUCCCCAGAGUUUUCAGAAGCCUUUAACUGUCGCAAGAAUGAUUAUAUGAAUCCAGAAAAGAAGUGUCGUGUGUGGUGAUGCUAGAAAGAAGUAGCAAAGGCCAAGGACAGAUGGACUUCCAUGGACAGCAGAAAAAAAUCUGGAACUUUCUACCACAGGAAAAAAAUAUGCACCAAACUCACUGUAAUUAUAAGAGGAUGUUUGAGAGGGGGGAUGCUUCAAGGUAUUCAUUUCAGGUUAAGAAAAGUGACGGUGCAGCCAAAAUUGUAUGUGAGCUGCUCAAGAAAGGGUGAAGGAGAGCCCAGUUUGCUAUCCACUAAACCUAUCACAACUGUGUACAUAAUGCUUUACUCUUAAAUGGUGGCUUCAGGUUAAUGUCUGUUUCCCAUUUGGUCAGUGGAAUGAAUAUUCUCACUUGGAAACAGGUUUCAUCGCCUAUGAAUGUAGAUGGAUAUUUUUAAUCAAAGGGAGGAAGAAAAUAUCAAAGAAUAGAGUGGGAAAACAGCUGUGUAAUGAGGACACAACAGUUGGAAACCAGAGAAUAGGUGUGGUCUGCCACCUCUAUCAAUGGAAAGUAUUGGAUUUUUCUUUCUUCCUGAUCCAUCUAUGCCCUCACCUAGACCCCUUCAAAGUGUUCUUAGAAGAAUGGGGAUUUGGGGCUUGAAGUCAUUUUGAAAAGAAGUCAUUAUCCUGUAAUCACUUUUUUCUCAUUCCAAGGCAAUUAAUUUGUCAUAAUCAUGUUCAAUAAAGAAAGGAAAAUUAAAAAAAAAAAAAAGAAA